AUGGCUUCCGGGUUUAGAGAGUCACAAGAACUUUGGGAAGAACAAGCUUUUUAUGAAGCUCAGAAAAAUCAUGAAUCUCGCUAUCAUCAUGGAAGAGGGCCAUGCAAUAUAUUUAUAUUAGAUACAUCUUCAAGUCUUGGAGAAGAAGGUUUUCAAGAAAUGAAAGAAACAUUUGGCGCUAUCAUUGAUGGAUACGCAAAUUGUCCAAAUAUUGACGAAAAUGUAGCUGUUAUAAUAUGUGGAAGAAGCACCAAAUUUCAACGCUAUUACUCAAACCACUACUCAGAUAUAAAGCAUUGCCUAGAUGCCGUUGAAUUUGGAGGACUGACUCCACUCAUAGCAGCAUUUACCUUAGCAAAAGUGUGUUUAUUUAGUGAAGUAGAUUCACUAAUAGGGCAUACCAAAAGAAUAGGAGAUUUUCAUGUUCAUCCAAGAAUAAUUCUUAUUUCGGACGGUAGACCCACUGAUUUUACUGUCAUUAGUGAUGUUGAGGACUCACCUGCUUAUGAAACUGAAGAGGUACAAUCCUCGACUCAGGAUAAGAAGCGCAUGCUUGAUUUUUCUAAAAGCAUUGGACGACUGCAUCCAAUUUUUUGUAUACCUGUGGGAAGUAACCCGGAUCUGGUAUUUCUCUUUCUAUGCUCCGUAAUCGGACAUAUAUGUGUAUACGUAGAAUGGGAUACUGGUUCGGUGUGUCCUUACGCAUACAGAUCUAAAACAUACAUGAAAAAUAUACAUGUAUGUAGAUAUGAUGUUACAGUUUGCAGUGAACCUAGAAUUACGAAAAAUGGAAAGAUUGCCACUGGCUGUCUUGUCAAAAGAGGUCCAGACUGGGAAGAUGGAGACAAGGAUGUUGGGGUCAGAAGUAUUGGAUCAGUCUACAGAUGUAAAAGAAAUAGAAUUGUUCAUGUGAGAUGGCAUAACGGACAAAAAACUGAAAACAGAUUUGGAUAUCGUGGGAAAUAUGAUUUACAGAUCUGCGACCCAUUUUCUCCGGAAGCUGUUGAGUACCUCCAAGAUCAAACUAGAAAGGCCGAAUUGAAUUUCUCAGUCAAGGACUCUUUAGUGGAUAUCUCUGAAAGUUCUUCUUCUAAAGAAACAUGUGCAUCUGCAAAUAAUGCUAACAGCAAGAUGUGUCAAAACCCCAGUGCUAGACUUCCUCUCUUAACAAUGCCUAAAGGGAAAUAUUUCAAAAACGACAAAUGUGAAGACAAAUCCACGGAUGUAGAGGCUGAUGGGAUGUUAAAUUCAUUAACUUUCUCUACAUCAGAUCAGUGGCUAUGGAAAGAUAAACAAGGUCAAUGGAACCCAUAUCCGAGAAAAAUUAAUGACAAAAUAAACAGAUGUUAUAAACGAAAUCCCAAUUCUACUGUUAUUGUUACAAUUGAAGAAAACACAUACAGAGUAGUCAUGGCAAAAGGUAUACAGAUAAAUUUGACGACAAGAGAGGAAUCAGAAGUCAAAAUUGUUACAGACUAG